CCCACAACCUGUUCACCUUCCUAUCGUGUCUAUUUAACCAAAAUAUGGCGUCGACCUGCAGCCACAUCUGUCUGUAUUUUCUCUAGCAUGCCAAAACCACCUGUAACUUGAGCACCACACGAAACAAUGUCGGAUCCGGAAUCAGGGAAAGGAAAUGCUACUUCAGGGAAAGAGUACAGGACCCCAGGACUAAGGGGCGCCAAGACCACCACUCUGUUCCGGGCGGUCAAUCCCGAGCUCUUCAUCAAACCCAAUAAGACUGUGAUGGGGUUCGGUCUGCUCAGCAUCACUCUGUGUGUGUGCUACCUGGGUUACAUGCAUGCCACUCAGGAGAACCAGCAACAGCUCUAUGAAGCCAUCGACAGCGAGGGGGAGCGCUACAUGCGGAGGAAGACUUCAAAAUGGGACUGAACAGUUAAAACUUCUGAACAAUGUCUAAACCACAUGAAAACCAAAACAAAGUGACUGUUGACCACUACUGCUAUCUGUAGCAUGUUUUUAUGAUAAGAAAUGUGGUACACUUAAAGGGUUAAAAAAAAAGACUAAUUUAACUUAUAUUGACAAUAUAAAUGAUUGCAUAAAAUGGUUUAUUACUGGUA